AUGCGCUUACCGUCAAGCUUUGCCUUGCUCGUAGCUGGCUUGGCCCAGAUCCAAGCCCAAUACCUCAUCAAUGAGCUCAGUUUCGGCCAUAGUGGCAGGAUAAGCCCAGAAGGGUCACAGUCGAUCCCCAAUUUCUCCCUUCAAGGGCGGCCCAAUGUCCCCGAACUGCUCUCGAACAAGGUGAUCCUGACCCCAGUAGCCCCCGGAAACCAGCGCGGAGCGGUUUGGGCCGACAAGUCACUACAACACCAAAACUGGAUCGCAGACGUCGAUUUCCGCGCCAACGGGCCGGAGCGGGGCGGCGGCAACCUGAACAUCUGGCUGGUGAGGGACGGCUCGCACGUCAUUGGAUCCGACAGCGUCUACUCGGCGGGGAGGUUUGAGGGUUUGGUGCUGGUCGUCGACCAGCACAGCGGGUCGGGGGGCAUGCUGCGGGGCUUCCUGAACGACGGCACGACCGACUACAAGAGCCAACCAAACGUGGACAACCUUGCUUUUGGCCACUGCAGCUUCUCAUACCGCAACCUCGGACGGCCGACCCAGAUCAAGCUGCGCCACACCGAGACUAAGUUCAGCGUCGAGGUGGCCGGCCGGCCCUGCUUCGAGAGCACCAAGAUCCGCAUUCCGAGCGGCUACAGCUUUGGCAUUACGGCCGCCUCGGCCGAGACCGCGGACUCCUUCGAAAUCUUCAAGCUGGCCGUGCUCACGGGCGAGAACAGCCACGAGUACGCCAACACGUACAAUCAGCAGGAUUCCAACAGCCAGGGCAGCGAUUCCCAACCCAGGCGGCCCCGCCUGAAUACCGGCCGCAGCGGGCAGACCCAGGUCGAGGACCCCUACGAUAACGUCAUCCCGGACCAGGAAGCCGACAAGAUCACGUCGUCCAAGGCGCAGUUCGCCGACCUGCACAAUCGCCUUCAGUCGGUCAACCACCACCUCUCGACCAUCUUCCGGUCCAUCGCGCAGAACCAGGGCGUCGACGAGCAGCGGCACGCCGAGACGUCGGCCAUGAUCGGCGAGCUCAAGGGCCUCAUGACGCGCCUCGAGAAGCUCGACGUGUUUGAGCAGCGCAUGCGCGACAUCGAGUCCGAGAUGCGGUCGAUGCGCCACGAGAUGUCCGGACGGCUCAAGGACUCGGAGAACGCUAUCAAGUACCAUGUCAGCGACAAGCACGAGGCGCUGUCGGACCACGUCCGGACCCACACCAAGAGCGGGCAUACCAAGCUCAUCUGGGUCGUCAUUGGGAGCCAGUGCUUGCUGGUGGGCGCGUUUGUGUACUAUAAGAGGAGGAAGACGUCGCCUAAGAAGUAUCUGUGA